GCCGCCGCCGCCGCCGCCGCUCGCCUCGCCCCUUCCCUCUCUCCCUCCCUCCCCCUCAGUCGCUGCCAGACGUUGCCGGGGCGGCUGCUCUCCCCUUUUUUCCUUCGCCUUCACCCCCGCAGGCGCGCACAUUCCCCUCUGCGGGCACCCUCCCCGCCGCGGCCGCCUCCUUGGCUUCCCCGCAGCCAGCACAGCAGCCCCUCCGCGCCGGCCGCCAUGAACCCGAGCUGCGCCCGUUGCGGCAAGAUCGUGUAUCCGACCGAGAAGGUGAACUGCCUCGACAAGUUCUGGCAUAAAGCAUGUUUCCACUGUGAGGUCUGCAAGAUGACUCUCAACAUGAAAAACUACAAGGGCUAUGAGAAGAAGCCAUACUGCAAUGCACACUACCCGAAGCAGUCCUUUACCAUGGUGGCAGACACUCCAGAGAACCUGCGCCUUAAGCAGCAGAGUGAGCUUCAGAGUCAAGUUCGCUACAAGGAGGAGUUUGAAAAGAACAAAGGGAAGGGCUUCAGUGUGGUGGCUGAUACCCCCGAAUUGCAGCGAAUCAAGAAGACUCAGGAUCAAAUCAGCAACAUAAAGUAUCAUGAAGAAUUUGAAAAGAGCCGGAUGGGCACACCUGGUGGGGAAGGAGGGGAACUGGAGCGUCGCAACUCCCAGGAGGGCGCCAACUACAGGAGGCCAGCAGAGCAGCAGCAGCAGCAGCAGCCACCACACCAGCAGCCCCACCACAUCCAACCAAGUACCCCUGUGUACCACCACCAGCCACCACAACAAGCAGCAUCUCAGUCCUAUGGCUACAAGGAGCCAGCAGCACCUGUCUCUGUACAGCGCAAUGCCCCAUCCGGAGGAGGGAAGCGGUUCCGUGCGGUCUACGAUUACAACGCGGCAGAUGAGGACGAGGUCUCCUUCCAGGACGGUGACACAAUCAUCAACGUGCAGCAGAUCGAUGACGGCUGGAUGUACGGCACCGUUGAGCGGACCGGCGACACAGGCAUGCUUCCCGCCAACUACGUGGAGGCUAUAUGAGCCUUGCUUGGGUGCCGCCCUGGAAGCAAGCAGGGGGAAGGGCUCUCAUCGUGUGCUUCUCGUUCCAUUAUCCCUUCUCUGCUGUCUCUUGUCACACAUCGGUUACUUUGUUCUGAGCCUCUGGCAUGGCCAUUUUUUUAUUCUUCUGCCAACAUAGCCUUGUUUUGGAGGCAUUUGACAUUGGGGUGUCUCUCUCUCUUGCUGUUUUUCAAACUAUCCUUGUAAAACUUUUUUUUAAAAGACCAGCUGUCCUUCCAUCCCCUCUCUCUGCUUUCAUGGGACUUGGCACUGUGCUCUCCUCCCUCCCCCGGGACCUGCCAUUUUGGGAAGUGAUUUGAAUUCUGAAUUAAGUGAGCCUGAUCUAACCAAACUUCUACAUGGGAAUAGGAACAAGGGAGGCCUAAGGGGAACAAACCCGGUGCCAUAUUUGCUUUUAGGGCUGUAGGGCCUUGAGUAACUUGGGGAGAGCCUCUGACCAAUUUUCCUCUAGAAAAAUUUGCCCCAGGGCUAUUGUUUGCAUGUGAACCUUGACUCCCCUGUCUUCCUUUCUAUAACAUUUUAAAUAUCAGCUUGACAAAAAUCAAAGAGAAAACACAUACUUCACUUUAACGCCUUUGGUGGAACCAUCUUCUAUUGCUUGCUUGUACAAAACAGCAUAUCUGUAAUGUCUACAAGGAAGUUGAAGGCCAGUUUUAAGUGCUGAAUGUGAAGGAUGGCAGGAGAGAGUUUCGGAGAAGGAAAGGGGUGACUUGUAGCAAACACACCCCAGCAUUGGCUCGGGAUGCCAGGGCUAAGCAAGAGCGGGUGUCUACUUUGGCAGGGUUGGGAGAGAGUUGCACUCACUGGCAUUCCUGUGAAAGGAUAAGCAGUCUGGAGCAGAAAGGGCCCUGGGCUUCCAGUGUAGCGUAAGAUCUUACCAAUCAGGAGGACCAGUUUGCACAGCUCCCCUUUGGUGCUCUACCUCUGGGCUGGAGGAAGCAUGAGGGAGGGACAGCGAUAUUCCAAAUGC